AUGAGUGGUCAGUCUGGAUUAGUUCCCCCGGGGAAUGGGUGGCAACUUGGAACAGGCGGUCGUCCUAGAAUGGGUGGUCUCCCAGGAAUGGGUGGUAUCCCUGGAAUGGGUGGUAGCCCUGGAAUGGGUGGUAGCCCUAGAAUGGGCAGUCUCCCUGGAAUGGGUGGUCUUUCUGGAAUGGGUGGUAACCCUAGAAUGGGUGGUCUGCCUGGAAUGGGUGGUAGCCCUGGAAUGGGUGGUCUCCCAGGAAUGGGAGGUCUUCCUGGAAUGGGUGGAAAUACUGCAAUGAGUGGAAUGCCAAGAAUGGGAAGAGGAAUGGGAACAAGGAUGGACAAGACUAUAUUCAGCAAAUCAGGGAAGAAAGGGGAACCGAGAAAGCCACUGACAAAUAAGUUGAAGUUACAGUGA